AUGCACCAGCUGGUGCUACCAGAGAGGUGCUCCCAGGACCAGGCAAAGAGUCACCCCUGCCCGGCAGGCGGGGCCUGGCAGGACAACGAGUUCCCAGCAAGGAAGGCAGGAGCCGGUUUUCCUGACGCCCUGCCCGGGGACAGCGGGACGGCCCGGGCAGAGGGGGCAGAAGGAGGGACCCGGGGGGGGCGCGAAGAAGAUCUCCUGACUGAUGUCUGCAGGGAAGUCGUGGAGAAGUGGUCUGAGGCUCAGAUUGUUGAUGCCAAAGAGAACAAAGCAGAUGAGCUCCAGGCCAUUGCCAGCAUGAUGGAGAAGCAGGCCAGGAUUGUGGUGAAGCCAAAGGAAAUCUCCCAGGAGGAAAAGCAGAGGAAAGCUGCCCUGCUGGCCCAGUAUGCCAACGUGACAGACGAGGAGGAUGGGGAAGAUGAGCAGGAUGGAUCAGCUGCCACAGCAGUAAAUAUUGGAUCAGAAAAAUCUCUGUUCCGGAACACGAACGUGGAGGAUGUCCUGAAUGCCAGGAAGCUGGAGAGGGAGCUGCUGCGAGAUGAGUUCCAGAAGAAAAAAGAGCAAGAUAAACUCCAGCGAGAGAAGGACAAGCUUGCCAAGCAGGAGAGGAAGGAGAAGGAGAAGAAAAGGACACAGAAGGGCGAGCGGAAGCGAUAG